AUGGCGACCGUCUCUCAGGCUGACAUCCAGGAGAGGAUCUCAGCGGCGAGAAGAGAGGCGGAUGGACUCAAAGACAGGAUCAGAGCGGCGAAGGAUCAAACGGGAGAUACGAGUCUCCGAGCCAUGGCUAAUGACACCCCACCCAUCCCACGCAUCACUAUGAAGCCAAGACGGACUCUGAAAGGUCACCUGGCCAAGAUUUAUGCCCUCCAUUGGGCAGCCGACAAACGACACAUUGUCUCUGCAUCUCAAGAUGGCAAAUUGAUCGUAUGGGACGCUUAUACGACCAACAAAGUCCACGCUAUUCCACUCCGCUCAUCAUGGGUCAUGACGUGUGCCUAUGCUCCGUCUGGAAACUUUGUCGCCUGUGGUGGUCUCGACAACAUAUGCUCCAUCUACUCGUUACGGGGUGCUGGACCAGGUGCUCCGCCCGGUCAAGCCAAAGUCGCUCGAGAGCUCAGUGCGCACUCGGGCUAUCUGAGUUGUUGUCGCUUCCUCAACGAUAGACAGAUCAUCACCUCCAGUGGAGACAUGACCUGCAUGUUGUGGGAUAUAGAGCAGGGCGUCCGGACAAUGGAGUUUAACGAUCACACCGGGGAUGUUAUGAGUAUAUCGCUCGCGCCCAAUGCCAAUCUCUUUGUGUCUGGAGCUUGUGACUCGACUGCCAAAGUCUGGGACAUCAGGACUGGCAAGGCUGUACAGACAUUCACGGGACACGAAUCGGAUAUCAAUGCGGUUCAGUUCUUCCCGAACGGUGACGCUUUUGCGACUGGAUCCGACGAUGCGACGUGCAAGCUAUUUGAUCUCCGAGCAGACCGCGAGCUCAUCACGUACGGAUACCAAGACAUCACUUGUGGCAUCACGUCCGUCGCUUUCUCACUCUCUGGCCGAUUGUUGUUUGCCGGAUACGAUGACUACAAUUGUAACGUCUGGGACACGCUCAAGGGCGAACGUGUCGGUGUACUUGCAGGUCACGACAACCGGGUCAGCUGUCUGGGUGUGUCGGGAGAUGGCAUAGCUCUCUGUACUGGAAGCUGGGACAGCUUGCUCAAGGUGAAUACAAGCUCGGCGACUACAGGGUCAACAUGCUGA